AUGACUUACCGGCGCACACAGAAAGGGGUCGCGAUCCUUUCGAUCUUGGCAAACAGUUCAAGCCAAAGAUGCAAUGCAUUCCAAGCCAUUCAAGGCUUCUUCCUUGACUCCACAAACACACCAAGGCGAGUCAUUGAAGUACUCUCACGUGGAGGGUGGAGUCUAUCGGCGGAGUCUAUCUGCCAUAUGGUUCAGUCAGUGACCGAAAGCCUCAAAGCAAGCUUGAAGAAGCUCUCAGACCCCGGGUUGUAUGCGAUGGCAUAUGACAAUCUGGACUUUGACUUUAAGACGAAAGAGCCCGGUGAUCAGAACCAAGGGACGUUUUCAAGUAUAACAACAGCCACCUUUAUUCCACUCACCUAUGGUACCACACUUGAUGACCUCCGAUACUCGAAGGAGCUUUGGGAGAAGAGCUCCCUUAAUCCAGAUAAUCCCAAGGACUCGAGACCUCCUGCCACACCUGACCGACAAUAUCUCUUUGAGCGCAUCCAAGAGCGGCAGGACAGUGUGCUGCAAGGAAUGGAAUGGUUUACACAGAAGAUAAUUGUCGAUAACUACCUUGGGCAAUACAAGGGUGAGCUUGGAAAGAUGCCAUCCUCAUUUACAUUGGACGUACCAGAGAAGACGGUGCAGUACCCUGCUCGAGCAAUGCACCUGAAGGCAUCAGUGAACGAUGAUAAUAUUGCGAUAGUGAAGAGCCUUGAACAGCAGGCUGGAACAAGCCCAGAAUGGUACCAUUCCUUCAUCCGGCUGUGUCAUGGUGACCUGGGUAUGCAAGAAAGGCACGAUGCGACAACAGAGUCACGUGCGAUUGAAUCCACACCACAGGAACGACUCCAGUUCCUUGUGACUAUACCUGGUGGCUUCCAUAUUCGUAUGGCCUGUGUAGAUGCCAUCUGGUGA